AUGGCAUCCUCUGCCGUCCCUCUCGCUCGAAUAUCACAUCCAUGGACAUUUGGGAGACAACCUGCAGCAUUGCUUCCUCGAUCGCUCUCGAGUUCUGCGGCAAAUGCGACUCAAGCUUCAUCUUCUAGGCCUUCAUCUUCAUCUCCGGAAAGAUUAGAGCAAGGCCCGGAGGCUCAAUCCUCAUCGCAAGAUGCAGCAGCGUUUGCCAUUGAGCCACGGCUUUCGUUGACCUUCACCUGUACGGUGACCACGUGUGGCACACGGUCAUCGCACCAAUUUACACGCAGAAGCUAUGAAAAGGGAAUUGUGAUCGUGCAGUGCCCAGGAUGCAAGAAUCGACAUCUAAUAGCGGACCAUCUGGGAUGGUUCAAGGAGAGUACGGAGGAUGGAAAGAUGAAGACAGUUGAGGAUCUCGUACGUGCGAAAGGAGAGAAGGUGAGGCGGGGUGUGCUCCUCGAAGAUGGGGUAGUAGAAUAUGCCCCGGAGUAG